CACAGCUGCACUCCUUAUUCUGAGGGGAACAUCUGCAACAAUAGUCAGUGGGUGUUGGAUUCCAGCACACUCACAGGCAGCUGCAGCCAUUUCCACUCUGUGGAUGAAUGUCUGCAAACACCUAGGUGGAUUUUCAGGUUAUUAAAGAAUGGGCCGAAAAUGGAGAGCUCAGGGAAUGCAGGCAAAACUCUCCUAGAUGAUGAGUAAGAUGGAAAUGUUGGCAGAUGAUAAUGCAAGUGAAACCUUGAAGCCUUUGGUGUUCCGUCUCCAUGAAAAUGCCCCUGCAAUAAUCCGUGAGGUUUUACUGGAACGUGGUUGGACUGAAUUUGACCAAAAGGAGCAAGAUGACACGGACUGGAACUUGUACUGGCGGAACUCACCUUUUCCUAUGACAGACCACCACAGUAUUAAACCAUGGCAGAGACUCAACCACUAUCCAGAAGCUGUCAGGAUCACCAGAAAGGACUAUUUGGCAAGGCAUCUGAAACGUAUGAAAGGGGCAUAUGGAUCAACACUGUAUGAAUUUAGUCCAGUGGCAUUCAUCAUGCCCAAUGACUAUGUGAAAUUUAUAGCAGAAUACAGCAAAGAGAGACAGACAGUAGGCAGACCUAGCUACUGGAUUUGCAAACCUGUGCAUCUCUCCCGUGGAAGGGGCAUACUCAUUUUCCAAGACAUUAAAGACUUAGUAUAUCACUGUACAGUCAUUGUGCAGAAGUACAUUAGCAACCCCUUGCUCAUUUCAGGAUAUAAAUUGGAUCUUCGCCUUUAUGUGUGUGUCACCAGUUUUUGCCCACUUACCAUUUACAUUUACGAAGAGGGACUGGUGAGGUUUGCCACUGAGAAGUUUGACCUCAGUUCUCUAGACAACGUCUAUGCCCACUUAACAAACACCAGCAUAAACAAAUAUGGAGCUUCAUAUAAAACGUUUAAAGAAGGAAUUGGCUGUGGUUGCAAGUGGACAUUCAGCAAAUUCCGUUCUUACCUUCGAAUUUUUGGGGUUGAUGACAUGCUACUGUGGCAAAAGAUGAAUAACAUUGUGAUUCUCACUCUGCUUGCUGUCACUCCCUUACCAGAGGCUUCCAAUUGCUUUGAGCUCUUUGGCUUUGACAUCCUGAUUGAUGACAAGUUCAAGCCAUGGCUUUUAGAAGUGAACUACAAUCCAGCUUUGUGUUUAGAUUGCUCCAUUGACGACACUGUGAAAAGAAAACUUCUUCAUGAUAUUGUUGAACUGCUUAACUACAAGCAGGUUGACACUCACAGGCAGAAUGAAAUGCCUGGGUCGAAAGCUGUUAGAAGGCAGGCACGCUGGAGAAGAACUGGUCAAAGCACCCCGGAAGAGACUCCUGGCUUACUUUCUGGUCGAAAAGUAUCUACUUGUAUUUCUGCUCCUCAAACACAACCUGCCCUGCAGUUUGCAAGAGGAUCAAUUCAUAAGGUGUCUUCCCUGACCAGGAAAACUGCCAGAGCACAUCCAAAGGAAACACUGACUUCCCAGCUGCGGGAAAAGAUGAAUAAGCCAAAAACAUCCUCCCAAGUAAAAAUUGAAGCUAAAAACAAACAACUCCCAGCUGUACAUUCUCCAUUCAUUUCUGCUCAACUCAGCCGGUGGUCACCUUCACCUGAAAUCUGCAACUACAAGUUAAGCACACGCCCGUAUUUCCUCUCUGAUAAAGACCAGAUGCCUACCCGCCAGGUAGGAGGUUUUGUGCUUAUUUUUCCUUUCAAUGAAGCCGCACUUCAAGCUUCCAAGGACAGCACAGAUGUAAAGAGCAUCAUAAAGGAAAUAAACAAAUUAGUGAGCAAACAAAAUAGCACAAGACAAAAAAGACAUAGACUGUUUAACUUCAUGAUUUGUAUAACUUCAUAAUGUUAAAUCAUGCAGACAUCAUGAAUGACACCGUUAGCUUGAAGGUAUGUGGGCAUGUACUGAAGUUGUAUAAGAAGGAAAUAUUUCAAAGCAUACACAGUGUAAAAAUUGUGAUUUAGCAGUUACCACGAGAGAUUAUUUUUGAAAAUGAAAAUGCUGAAUAACUCUUAGAAGUAACCUCAAAAUAAAAAUGGAGAAUUUCAUUUCUCAAAACAUCCUCAGAAAUACCUGUCUUAAUAUUUAUCUCAGAAAUCUUUGCUUCUUUUCUUUUCCCAGCUUUAUGAUUUGAAAAAGCUGGUCAGUUUACACUAGGGAAACAUUCAACUUGCUCUCAAUUUACAAAGAUGCAGGUGAUAUGAAUCACACAAAACAAUAACAUUUUUGAACAAUCCAGUGAGCUGCCUGGCAUCACUUUCCACAGGUUAAUUUUGCACUGUAUGAAACAACAAUAUGAAAGAACUUUCAUUUUAUGACCUGUAGGAUUCUGAAUCUUAUGGAAAACGAGUUAUUAAGAAAAAAAAAUAAUGUACUGACAUACACUGUUACAGUGGUGUUCCCCCACCCAAAUAAGCCCUUGAUAAAGAAGGCUUCCUAAGGUGAGAAAGAAAUUUGAUAUUGGAGGGCAGGACAAACUGCAAAUAUUGUAUUCAAGAAAAGCAAAUUAAACCUCUGUCUCACAGACUCUGUGUUAGCCACUCAAAAGGUGUAGCAAUUAGGCAGUUUUGCUUUCAGUAGAACUUCUUCUCUGAUUAAUUAAGCAUGGAAGAUUAAAAAAAACAUUGAACUGAGACAUCUGAAGCUUUAAGAUUACUACUCUUUUCUUGUACACCUUUGCUGCCCCCAGCUGUCUAAAACUGAAAUUAUUGUUCAGAAGUCACCUACAGUGUAUUCUAGGUUUGUCUCAAAAUUGAGGCCAGGUACUGGCUGUAACAUAGUUCCUGUAGUGCUAGAAGACCUGUGGAGAGAAAUAGGGUUUUCCAGCUGUGUCCCACAUCCCCAAAGAUUUCAUAAAAACAUGUUCACUGCAUAGCACAGAAGAAAAGUUAUAAUAAGCUGGCUUUUCCAAAGUAGGCAAGUGUAUUGCUACAAUUAAGGUAAAUAUGCACCACAAAAUUUGGAUUAUUAGUGUUCCUGCACCAUAUCUAGCAGAGCAAGCAGCUCCUGAUUACCUAAAGCAAAUGGAAGGUAAAGGAGACAAGGUGUGAGAAUUAGCCUGUGAAAAAUAGUAUAACUUGUCAUAAUUGAUCUGUGAAGGGCUCCUUACCUGCCAAGGCUCAUUAGUUACGUAUUUUUCUGUCUCCCUUUCUAACAAAAUUAAAUGGCACC